CAACUACCUCGAUUUCCAUUUCCCCCCCAACUCGUAAUGUAUUUAAUUCAAGCGAAACGUAAUCAUGACGUGUCUUGUCAUUAAUCUCCUCGCCGCCUCUCCCGUGGUGUCAGAGACAAUUUUGAACGUGGCUCCUCCCUCAUCUAAUGAAGUGAAUGAUGGAAUACACACACUACUAAGUAUGGAUUCUCCCAGAGAAUGUAUGAUUGCCCUCUCCUCUGAGGUUCCCCUGUCCCCUCCCUCAAUGCCCUCACUGGAUGACAGCCCACACACCUUACCCCAAAGCCCUCACUCUGCCCAAUCUAGCCCUCUAACUAACCCAUACAUCCAAUUGUCACCUUUUGCUGAUGUCACCCAGCAAGAUGAAGAGGAAGAUGAGGAACUGUCAGGUCCACCCUCUCCCACUACAGUUGCUACACUGUUUCCAGAAGAAGAACAGUUGUGCACUCCCUCUUCAGAGAGCAGUCCUCCAGCCACUCCAUCUGCACCACUGCCUGGGUUUGGCGCACUGGAGCAGGUUCUUUCAUCUGGGGAUAUUGCCACCAAUGAUGAACUAGACCUGCAGCUUUUCAGCAAUGAAGGCCUGGCUGUCCAAGGAGGUUCUACCAGCGGCCCCUCCCUCAGGUUUCCUUGCCAUGUUUGUGGAAAGAGGUUUCGCUUUCAGAGCAUUCUCUCCCUGCAUGCCCGGGCUCAUAGUUUGGAGAGGGACCGCCAGCCCACUGCAAUGUAUAAAACUGCACAAGUCAAACCAGAGAAAAAUUACUUGAAUGAUACUGUUAUGCAAAAACGCAGGAAGAUGAAUCCGAGUUCAAUAUACAAGUUAUUUCAGCAGAAUCAGAGAGAAGAGACUGUACCAGAGGAUUCUUCAGUCAAUAGCCCUCAGUUUGAAAUAGAUGAUGCCACACCGCUGACUCCACCUCUUACAGAAGAAACACCAGCCUCUUUAACCUUUUCUCCAUUGGAGUCUACCCUUGUAGAAGACCCCAUCCCUCCUAUGGCAGCUCUCGCCUUCCGCUGCCAUGCAUGUAAGGGCAAAUUUCGCACAGCCUCUGAGCUAGCUCGUCACGUACGGAUUCUUCAUAACCCGUACAAGUGCACACUGUGUCCCUUCUCAGCCAAUAAGGAGGAACGCCUAGCUAUUCAUCUACAGGAAAGCCACCCACCUGAAGAGCCUGUGCCACACCCUGUCUUCCCUUCACACACCAACCACAAACCAAUCACACACCAACCACAAACACCUUCGUCACAAGCACCAGCUGUUCCAGCCUUCCGCUGUGAAACUUGUGGUCAGCGUUUUACCCAGUCCUGGUUCCUGAAAGGUCAUAUGCGCAAACACAAGGCUUCCCUUGACCACAAGUGUCAGGUGUGUGGUCGUGGUUUUAAGGAACCCUGGUUUCUCAAGAACCAUAUGAAAGUGCACCUCAACAAACUGGGCCUGAAGGCUGGUCUAGGAGAUCUGGGACCUUCAGGAUCUGAAAAUUCCAAAGGUCCUGCUGGGAACCAUGCUUUAGGUGCUCUCUAUUCUAAUGUGCUCCUGGCACACAGUGUGGCAGGUGGAAGUGCAAAGACAGGGAAUCGCAUAGAGAGGUCAGAAUUCAGUGAAGGAUCAAACCGAUCUUCAGUAUGGGGCUACCUCAGAUUGCCAAAUGACAGCAGUGGCGCUAGUUGCAUGGAACGCCUUCAGGCAGUAGCACAGGUAGCAGAGAUAGGUAAUGGAGGAGAGAGAGGAGGAUCGGAGGUGUUGGAUGGACGAGAGCAGGCAGCUAUGUGGGAUCUGGUUGCUCAUAGACUGGCGGCAGUGCAGCAGAGCCAGCAACAGCAGAGAUCCCAGGUGCAACACCAAUACCCUUCCUCACAGGGAGCUGUUGUUGGGGACACCGAGCAGGUGCAUGCCUACUUAGGUGGCCUUGGCUUAAAAGAGGACCUUGAAGCUUCCAGAGCACCUUGGGAGUGUCCCGAUUGUGGCAAGCUUUUCCAGACUCUUCAGCAGGUUGUGGCUCAUGCUCGAGUUCAUUCUCAGAGACCACGAAAGUUUCAAAGUGUACAUGGGUCUGUUAGAAAAGAAGAAGUUGGUGUACAAAAAACUGCCAGACUCCAAGGAGGAGAAGGACGAGGACAAAGAAACGAAGGCAAACAAGAAUCUCAACAGCUCCAAUCAGGAGUGGGGUCUUCUGGAGGUUUCCAUUCUUCUAUAGCACACCUCUCAGGGGACAAUGGUCUAGGAGGAACGUCAUUUGGACCCUCAAGAGAGCGGGUGCGAGGUACAGGAAUGAAGGAUUGCCCCUACUGUGGUAAAUCUUUCCGCUCUUCCCAUCACCUUAAAGUACACCUACGUGUGCACACAGGUGAGAGACCAUAUAAAUGUCCCCACUGUGACUAUGCUGGCACCCAGUCUGGGUCUCUUAAAUACCACCUACAACGACACCAUCGUGAGAGAAAUGCAAUGUCACACUCUUCUAGCUCCUCUUCUUCAAGCCUCCCUCCCUCGCUUACUGGCUCGCCACGGGAAAAACAGCAUAGAAACUUGACUGCAAACCAGGGCUCGUUCCCCACAUUCAGACACAGCCAGUCCUUGGGCUCUGGAUCUACAGAACAGAAAGAGCGUCAUCUGAAGUCCAGAGAAGCUCAAAAAGAAAGAAAUUUGGAGAGCCAGUAUCGUGUUUUGUCUGGGAUGAUGCAGGAACUAUACCCAGGAGGACUAGAAGGGAGGUGGAAAGGUGAGACACCUCCUCCAAAAAUGCCCAAAAUAUCCAGACGUAAGCCACUUGUUACAAGUCGUAUGAUUUCAGCCAAUGGAUAUCAAGGCAGCAUGAACUCUAGUGCUUCCCAAGAAUGUGGACCACUUGACCUCUCUCGCCGCCCUGUGUCUAGUAUAGGUGCAGUGGAACAGGUUGGAGUAGCAGUUAGCAGCUCUGACAGUCCAUCAGGGGGUACAAAAGGAGAUUGUGAUACUCUAAAUCAGUGUGUGUUUUGUCCAUUUCGCACCUCUUCCUCUGAGCUGAUGGCCAUGCAUCUUCAAGUCAACCACACCAGCAAGUCUCGCCGCAAAAGGGGGAGCUCCGUAACAAGUGGCAAUCACUCUCCCAGACUGACCCUGUAUGGAAUGAACCGUGACCCCUUGACACUGUGGAAGUUCCUUAGCGAAGGGGAUGAAAUGAUGGCCAUGGAUGACUGGAUCAAAUACAGGUCAAGGUCUGAAAAUGGGGUCAGCUUGGAAGAUGGGGACCUAGAUAUGGAACACACAAAACAAGGGCUUAACCUAGGAGAUGGAAAACUGGAGAACACAGAUGAUUAUGAGACAAAAGAAAUAGAGGAUGACAUGGAAACAAACAGCAACCUUGAAGAUAACUCCCAUCAACAGGAUAUAACAAAGGAUCUAUCAAACAUGAUGCAGGAAGAGUUUCCCGAGGAUGGGGAAAAACUGAAGAACUAUGUGAUUUAAAGUGCCCCAGAGGAACACAGAUCUAGAAUCAAGGAUCUAUUGGCAAAAUUAGACACAGCAAAGUAAAAUGAGGUUGAUCAUGUUCUUUUCAACACAAGGACAUCAUGUCCUAGUUUCAUGCAUAGUCACUGACUUGCACACAGACAUAUAUCCAGUAUUCUAUGCUAGUCUUAGCCUUCAGGAGUCCCGAGGCCUUCUUGACUGCUGUUUUUGUUUUCUGUUUCCUCUAUUUUUAUCAUUUAAAGUAAUUGCCAAGGUAUAUUUCCUUUUUACCGUGCUAAUACAUUGUCAUGUCAAAACCAUCUGUAAAUGGUAGUUAUUAGAAUUGGAAAAGCAAAAAAAAAAACAUUAAACUGUAUAAUAUUGAGAUAUUUUUGAUGGCUUACCAUGGAAGCCAGAUGUAGUCUAUAAUAUGCAUCUGACCAGAUUUUACAUUUUGGCAACACUUAAACCAUUAACCAAAUGGAUGACAAUUUUUUACCAUACAUUUACCAGGCUGCAUGCCACAGUAUGCUGUGAUGACUAAAUGGUAAAUGGAGCUGACCAAUUUUAACAGUACACAACAGAGCGAAUAAUAUUUUUUUCCCAUAUAUACAGUACUGUCAGCUAGGUCUGGCAGUCUUCUAGUGAGCAAGGUUCCUUCUACGUCAUUCUGUCUCAGUGCCUGGUGCUCUGUUUAUUUUUAGAGGAAUCAUACAACACAUGAAAUUAUAUUUCAUAUAUACUGUAUAUUCCAGUUUAUGUUUAAGAACUCUAAAGUUAAGUGCUGGAACAUUGUAGUGACAAUUUCUUGUUGCGCCAGGGAGAAGAACAUUUGACUUGAAACAUGAGAACAUGGCCAGCUUAGAAAAGAACAAAUUGCAGUGUUUACAUCAGAAAUACCACUAUGAUUUUUAUUUUAUUUUUCUUAAUUUUUGAUGAAACUGUAUUGUGAUCACUAAGGAGACUUUAAGAAGGAUUUAGGUCUGGUUUUCAUAUAUGGAGCAAAACAUUUAGUUAACAUUGAGUUCAACUCAAAGAGACUGAGUCUCGGUUAGUCAUUCCUACUUUUUCUUUUCUCUCUCACCUGUAAAUAGCCUAAGAGAGAGUUAAGGAAAGACACGUGUCCCUAAGCAUCAGGGCAAAAACAACAAAAGAAAGUAAUAAUAACUAUGGCAUCUUUAAGAUCAAUAGUUUUUUUUUUUUAAAGAAACAAUAAGAAACAUUAAUAUAAUCACUAACACCUUCAUAGACAUCCCAAUAGAAAUGUGUAGCUUUUAUAAAGAUAAAAAGAGAAAAAAAGUUUUUUUUUUCUAUAAAUGUUCCUUUUAUUUUAUUUCAAAAAGAGUUCUUAAGGAAAAAAAAGUGAUAUCAAUAUCAGUAAUAAUAAUGGUUGUGGUAGAGUACUGGUUUGGAAAGUCUUAAAAACACUGUGCAACGUUCUUUGUUUUUCCAAAGUAGAUUUUUCAUUUGCCUUUGAAUAUAGACCAAACUUUUAUUUUAUUUUAUUUAUUAGUUAUUGUUUAUAUUGAGUCAGUUUCAUUUAAAGUAUUGCUGCAGAUUCAAAUCUUCGUUCCUAAUCAUACUAUGAAGUGGUUAACCAAUCUAUCAAUCAAUCAAUCAAUCAAUCAAUCAAUUAAUCAAUCAAUCAAAAAAUGCUGAUGAAAUCAAAAUAUCGGCUAUUGAUCUAAUCAGGCAUGCAAUCAAAAAUCUAUUUUCAGCACUAAAGUGUUGGUACAUUAAUGUAUUUGAUAACUUAUUUAUUAAUUAUCACAAAAAGUGUGUCAAGGACAUAUCACUUUGUUGUCAGUUUGACUGACUAGAACUAUAAGGGACCGACUCCCGACUUGUACUUUUAAAUGUUUAAAGCAUUCUCUGACACUGCUAACCCAAAAUCAGACAGUGUGAUUGAAUGAGUUGUACCUUGUUCCUGCUUCUCGUGCCACUGACUGAUAUAGAUGGGUACCGAUUGUUACUGCUGGCCUUACUAUAUAAAUGUGCAUGUGUUGUUUUGUGUGUAGAGCACCUUAUGAGUUUGGUAGCCCCUGACGUGGUGGUUGUUUAAGAUUACACACCAAGCCACUGUGCCUUCUGUCCUGCACACUUCCUCAAGUACUUUGUAUUCUCACCAAAUGCACCUACAAUAACACAAACCAUAUCUGCUUUACACUUUUACUUGCUCUUUUAAACGUUUACUACAUUUAAAGAGUUACCAUUCUGUCUACAUGUGCCCUUUCGUUUCUUCACCUCUUUCCUAAUGUUCUCUCUCUCUCUCUCUCUCUCUCUCUCUCUCUCCCAGCACACAACCUUUUCAGAUAUUUUGCCAUUAUUCUGUGUAUGCACUUAUUUCAGUUCCAGUUGUUUCUGAACUGUUCCUUUUCUCCAACAAACACCACUGGGAGGUGACAUACUAUUUAGCAUUGUGGCCUUUUUUUAAAGAUGUUAUUUUAUUUUAUUUUAAUUUUUUCGUGAUGUUCGUUUGCCAAUGAGAUGAGACCAGUCUCUUCUUAUAAUAAUUAAUGUUUCUUUGUUUUUUAGUAUUACAAAAAAAAGAAAACUGUGUUUGAUGUACAGAUAGAGUUAGAAAUGUGUUUCUAAUGAGAGCUCCAACCACAGCGCCAACUCUUUAUCUCUCUUAAUAAUGUUACCUAUAUAAGCUGCGUGGAUACUUAAUGUAUAGCUCAGAGCAAUAUGACUAUAUGACUACUAAUUAAUCUAAUGGGGAAAGUGUGGCUGAUGCUAUCAGUGAAAAUACAACAUUUAAAAAUGUUGUACAUUCCUCUCAUAUACUUAGAAACCCAUGUGUCAGUUAUCAGCACAUAAAUAUAGUAAUGUUAUAAUGCCCCCAGUGACAUAAAAAAAAAACAGAAAUCACCUUAUUUUAUGAUCAUAGGCAUGCAGUUUCCUGGGGAAUCUGCAGUAAAGGAGAGUUGAAGGGAGGGUCUGGGUUUGAGCUCUUAAGUAGUUGACUGCUAUUGCAGUAAAUGGGAACCUGGUCUAACAUAGUAGUGAUUAAUAUGAAAAUGUGGACUGAGAAAAAAAAAUAGUAGAGAAGAUUCAAU